UUGUACAAUAAUAGAUAUAUUUAUCUGUCAUCACACAACUAACGUAAGGAUGAUAAAUAAUAUCCACAUGAUAUACAACCAAAUAUAAAAUUUUAAAUCCUCUCUAAAUAAGACAAUUUAAUAAAGGAAAAAAAAAAAACAAAGCUGGAUACGAAAUAGAAAUUUUAAUAUUGACAAAUCAUUUCAAGAGAGGAAAAAUGAAGGAUCGAAAGAGAAAGAUAAAUAAGAGAGGGGAAAAAAUCAACAUUGAAAUCUCAAGAUUAAGAAACCUUGUUUCUUAAUUAAUUUUCAUAUUCAUAUUUAUAUUCACAUUUGAAUUGGGUUUAGUUUUACUUUCUUGUAAUAAUUUAUAUUUCUAUUGUCGAAUCCGCUUUCUUCCAUCAAAUUUAGUUUUUUCUACGUAAAGAUGGCAUCAUCCCAAGUAGAAGUUGCUUCACCAUCUUCUCCAUAUGGAUGUGUUCUUAAGGAUCAUAACCAUAUAGAAAGGCAAAAAGAGACAACCUUUAAUUUAAACAAAAAAUCCCAAACAAAUUUCCAAAACAAUCUUAAGGCUUUAGUUAGAGACCAUUUUCAUUCUUGUAUUUCAAUAUCUGCAAAAGGUAGUUCAAAUAUUGAGCCUAAUGAAAAUUUGUGUCGUCAAGGUUCUAGUUUUGGUUGUUGGGGUGGAAAAAAACCAAAUAAUAUUCAUACUAAAAAACCCCAUUUUAAUGAUAAAAAUUCAUGUAAUGAUAACAAUAUCAAGGAAGAUGACAAGAAUACAUCAUCAUCAUCAUUUCCAAUCAGCAAAAAUCAACAUGAGAGGUGCCUAACAAAAUGUCAAUCUAUGUCUUCAAGGGGGUCGAAUUCGAUAAGGGAUCCAUCUCCAACACCAUCAAAUAGUUCUUCCACUGAUAUAAGUGUGUCUUCUUUAGUUCAAAUGUGGAGAGGUUUUGAAUUUGAAUCUAGGAAUAAUUUACACCACAAAAAUAACGAAAUUAUGGAAGGAUGUAAUAAUAAUAAUAAUUCAUGUUUAGAAACAAAUGUGAUUGAUGAUAUAAGUGUGUCGACUUAUGAUCCAACAACAAGUUUAGAUCCAUCUCUAAAUGCGAAAACUGAUCAACCUCAACAACACGACGAAAUUACAGAUUUCUCAAGAAGGGAUAAAGAGGGAAUCAGUGUGGCUGACAUGGUUAAAACAUGGGCUAAAACCAAUCAAGUUACAUGUGGUAAGAUUCAUCAAGAACAAGAACCUUCGUUUGAGGUAUGUUUAUCAGGAUUAAAAACUAAGAUAGUCAAUAAAAGAGAGGAAAGAUUAAUAUCUUCUCCAGUUAUAUGUUCUCCAAAAUUGAGAGGAAGGCAAGCUAUUGCUGAUUUGUUCAUAAGAAUGGAAAGAGAAAGGUAUAAGGAGGUUGAAUCUAUUGCAUCACGUCAAGCGGUAACCAAAUUCCCCCAGCGUGGUCGAAUUCAGGCAUCACUACGAUUAAGAUGUUUGCGAAGGGAGGCCUCUAUACAUGAACAAGAGAAAGUACGAUCAUCAGAAUCAAAGUCAUAUGGAUCAAGCCAGUCACAAAUUACGACUAACAUCAAUAGUUUAAGGGAAAGAUUUUGUGCAACAAUUAAUCAAGCUACGUUGAAUAUGAAAAAUACUCGUAAGGUUACAACCAAUAGCAUCAAUGAGGUCGAAGUACCAAGAACUUCAACUCCAAAUUCUAAACAAACAAGUUGUGAGGAAGAAAACAAUGAUGGAAUCUCUAUUACAUCAAAUGAUGAAAAUAAAGAGAGCAACCAAGAUGCGAAAACAACUUUGACAUCUAAUCAAGUGUUUAAUGAACAAACUAAUACUCAUUCGGAGAUAAAUAGUGUACAACUACAAAUACAUAUGGGUAAAUCGAAGCAAGAGCUCGAAAUAUCAGAAACCAAAGUUGUAGAAGAUUGUCUAAAGGAAAUCGCUACUACAAGUUGUCAAAGUAACAUAUUAACUACUGAGGAGGAUAAUAAUGCGCAUGCCAAUAGUCAAGAUGCGACGAGCCUGAUUAUGUCAUGGCCAAGAUGGGAAGAACAAGAGCAAUUAGAAAUAAAUGACGACCAUGAAAAAGAGAGUGAUCUCCAACAAUUUGAAGCUAAUCUUGAUUGGAUCAAUGAUAUUUCUCGUCCUCGUACUUAUUGGGAGGAUCGCAGACAAGCUCGAUAUGAAGAAAUAUUCAACACUUGCUCAAAAAAAGAGGAAAUAAGACAACUCAUUGAGAGAGGAAAUGUAUCAUCGAUUCUAGCAAGUGAUUUUCGAGAUAGGAUGGAUCGUUUAAUGAUGUGUACAAUUCAAAGACUAAUGCAUUCAAGUGAAAAAAUGGAGGUAGAAGAAGAACAAUCUUAUGAAGAGAACCAAAGAUGUACACAAGAAUAUACAUCUCAAGAACAUAAUUUUGUGGAGGAAAAUAAAGAAGAAAAUGAAGAUGGUGAUGAGGAAAAAGAUGUUAGCGACAAUGAACAAACUUCAUCGUCUUCACAAUUACUAUGGGAUCCUUAUCAUGAAGAUCAACCUAGUGAAGAUGAUUCUGACCAUGUCACUUCCACAUUUUUACCUAAACCUUCUCCGAAUCACUCUUAUUAUUCUCAAACUAAUGAAGGUUCCUCUUUUAAAAAUAAUUCAUCAAUUGAAGUUGAGCUAAUUUAUGACCUGAGGGAGAACAUGCAACAACUCUACCAAGAGAUGUUUGCGUUACGAAAAUCCAUCACAAAUUGUAUGGACAUGCAAGUGAAACUGCAAAACUCUAUUAAAGAAGAGGUCGCACUUGCCAUCAAUCAAAUAGACGAAGAGCAACAAAACAAAUCAAAUGGAAGACACAAAAAGAAAGGAAGUUGUUGUAUCUGCAAUGAGAAAACAAUAGACACACUUUUAUACAGAUGUGGUCACAUGUGCACCUGUUUCAACUGCGCCACUGAAUUGCGAAGGAAUAUUGGGAAGUGUCCAGUUUGUCGUUCUCAAAUAAUCGAUGUAGUGAGAACUUACCAUGAUAAAUAAAUGUAACAAUUUUUCUAUCUUGAAAGAUUGUCAAUCUAUUUUUUUUUUAUUUGUGGCUUUUAGUAUUCGUUCUAAAAAUUUUAAUCUUAUAACAAGUGCGAUUUUGAAAGAAAAUUAUCAA